AGUAUGGUGAAGUCGCAAUUGCCGAUUGGUGCGCUGAACUUUACCCACAAGUUCUCACCCACACCAAAUGGAUACAGGUGGAUAGGGAUCAAACAAUGACAACCGAGUUUCAACGACUUAUAGAUAGUCAUUGAGUAAUAGCUGUCAAGGUUAGAAAAUGUCUACAAGAGAUCUUGUGGAUGCAGAAUGUGGGGGUGCCAACCCCCUGAUGAAACUGACAUCUCACUUCACUGAAGAUAGGUCACUCCGACAAGAAGGAUUUCAUCCCCACCGAGCAGCAGAAGCUAUACACCAGCCUUUUGCAGGGGAAGCAGAGGAAGACCUUGUCAAUGAAUUCUUGGUUGAUCACCAUGGACAUGUUGCUCCUCAAACGUUCCGUAUGUCUGGCCUACUACAGGAGAUGCGGGAGAUAGAAGAGAGCAGGAGCAGGAUUCAACCCCAAAGAGCACCGGGAGUUGCAGAACUAGCAGCAAAGCCAGAAGUUUGGACAAAUGAGUUUUUACAGUCCGAGUUAGUGGAUCAGAAUUUGGUGGGAGAGUUCCUGCAGAAUUCGUCCCCAGCAGAUUUAUCACAAGAUGGAAAAUGGGCACAUGAAUAUCUUGAGCCAACAGAACAUACCAAUGAAUGGCUUCAAGAGUUUGAAAGAGAGAAGCAUGUUCUUGAUAACCAGCAAUGGGUUGAUGAGUUCAAUACAACUGGCGAUGAGGAACUCGCCCGGGCGGCACAGGAGAUGGCUGAGGGUAUUGACGAUGAGAAACUAGCGAAUUCUGAGUUCAUGAAAUUUGUUAAGCAGAUCGGGGACGGUGAAAUCACCAUAGAGGAUAACCAGGUGAUGAAGUUAUCGGGUGAUCAAAUGGCCCAUGCAUGGGCCGCUGAGUUUUCACAGCAACAGGGUGAUAACAAGUCACUUGUCGACCGUUGGGCACAGGAGUUCAACCAGGAAACUGGGCCGAAAGAGGACUACUGGGACAAAUUACAGAAACAGUGGGAUGAUAUGGCCAGUGAGGACACGAAUGGUGUGUUUCCUUGGUUGACUGAGUACGACUCAUCACAAACAGAUAUUUAUAAGGACUACAGAUUUGAAUCGGACAAUCCAUUAAAAGAUCACCAGAAUCCAUUCACUGAAGGUGUUAAGAGAUUAAAAAAGGGAGAUAUUCCCAAUGCCGUCCUGCUAUUUGAAGCUGCUGUCCAACAGAAUCCUGAACACAUGGAGGCCUGGCAGUAUCUUGGCACAACGCAAGCGGAAAAUGAACAAGAACCUGCUGCCAUUGCUGCCCUCAAGAGAUGUCUUGAACUUAGUCCCAGUAAUUUAACAGCAUUAAUGGCUCUGGCUGUCAGCUACACAAAUGAAUCCCUCCAGACCCAAGCUUGUGAGACCCUCAGGUCCUGGUUGAGUGUAAAUCCAAAAUAUUCAUCUCUAGUCCUCAAGGAUGCCAAAAAGUCAAAACCUACAUCAUUUAUGUCUACUGAACAACACGGCGAAGUCCGAGACCUCUUCAUAGCUGCUGCCCGAUUAUAUUCUGCAGACCUCGACGCUGAUGUCCAAUGUGGUCUUGGGGUUCUUUUUAACCUGUCCGGAGAGUAUGACAAGGCUGUUGACUGCUUUCAGGCAGCUGUGGGAAAACGACCGCAGGAUGCGUUACUGUGGAAUAAACUUGGUGCUACAUUGGCAAAUGGGAAUCGAAGUGAAGAGGCGAUCAGUGCGUAUGAUACAGCCCUUCAGCUCUCGCCUGGCUUUAUCAGAUCAAGAUACAACCUCGGUAUUGCCUGUAUUAAUCUCGGAGUACACAGGGAAGCGGUCGAACAUUUCUUGACAGCCCUCAAUCUACAGCGUGAAGGCAAGGGACCAAAGGAUGAACAUCAGGUGAUGUCUGACAACAUAUGGUCAACGAUGCGGAUGGCCAUCUCGAUGCUUGGGCGGCCUGAUCUUUAUAAAGCGUGUGAUAACAAGGACUUAGAUAAACUUAAGCGGGAAUUCAAUGUUGAAAGUUGACCGAACAGUUCUCGUUUCAAGGAAAACCUUUUUAACCAUCAUCUUGAUAAUCGGAGGACACCUUUGCUAGGAGUACUCUAAUUGAUUUUUGAAAACUGAUUUGAUGGAAUUUGUUUCUUCAUGUGCAAUUGCAAGGAUCAAGACUUUGUGAGGUCUAACCCUUGUCCAUGGCAGGUUUUCAAAUGCUGGCAAGAUUGAAUGGGAUACGAAGUACAUGUUUCAUCAAAAGGUCACGUUUGACAAUUGACCAUAGUACUUGCUCAUGGCAUGUCGUCACACUAAUAACAUAAGUCAUUUUUUCCACUUAUGAAUAAAUCAAAAAAAACAUAUUCAUAUUCUCAAAAACCUGUCUUUAUUUUCAAAUCUCCUUACAAAAGUAUUUAAGAACUUUACAAUAAUGAUGCACUAAAUGAUUUUGCUAAAGAUGGUGUACAUAAGGCCUGAAAUGACAUAGGCAUCAAUGCCAUUUAAUGAAAUUUGACAUAGGCUAGGUAUGUGAAAAAAACAAUCAAAGUAUCUUAAACCAUACACAACCUAUUCCAUCUGAUAGAGCUUUUAAAAACAUAAAAAUAGACACUUAGAUUGUUCAAAUUGGUUGAGAAAUAAGGGAGAUAUGAUUUUUUAGCUCAGCUGACAAAGUCAGCGGAGCUAGUAGUAUAGCUGUUCAAAUGGUGUCCGUCCUGCAAUCCAUCCAUCUAGGGACCCAU